CUCAAACCUGCUACGGAUCCGUACGUAGGUCAGGCUAGAUAAGGACACGCUCCCCCGAUGAGGGCAUCUACGUUAGAGCAGUCCAGAACUCUUUUGACGCAGUGCCGCCAUGACCGAUAUGUGUUGCGAAACUGAGCCGACUGUUGUCUGCAGUACCUCGCCGCCGAAUCACCUGGUCUAGUACCUCACUGUACAACCUAAUUAACCUAGAUAGUCAUCACGUAUUAUAGCUGGUUGGCAAGCCCCAGGUCGGAUCUUGCACCAUGAGUACCCUCAACGAGACUCAAACCGGCGAAAUGCCACUCGCCUGGCCCAGACAUGAUGCGACCAUUGAUGUCCAUUCCCAGAAGCAGUCACUAUUGUUUCGCUUGCCUCCAGAGAUCCGCCGGAUGGUUUACAGCUGUGCUCUGGCAGAGGUCGAGGUCCCAGGUGGCCGUUUUGUGAAGCGGAUUGGAGACGAAGACUUUGAAGACACCUCACUCGAAUCGUCGACCAACGUACGAGGUCAUUGGGCGCUAUAUGACAUGGAUGUUCCUCCCUGGAUUCGACCUGGCUGUACUUCGCGUAUGACCAUUCCACUUGACCUCCUUUGUACCUGCAAACGUAUUUGUAACGAGACCCAUCGGCUAUUGCACCGUAUCAAAACGCACAAGUUUUAUGUCUUCCAUGGCCCUCAUCGAGGUUCGGCAAAUGAGAAAAGUCGAGACAGGGCGCUAUGCUUCGUACCGCCAACGGGUGCGAACGUUGUCAAUCUUCACGUUUUCGCUCAGAGCUUGUCAUUGGAGGCUGGAAGGCACGAUUGUCUCCGAGCCGAGCACUUGAGCUCCAUCGCUUCGAGCCUCGAAGACUUGACCAUCACUAUCAGACCCUUAUACAAUAGAGUAUCCUCCCAGCAAAUGACGCACUUCAACCAAUCAUUGUCGGUCACUCCAUAUAUGCCUCGAACUUCCAUGUCAGACAUGACACAAACACAAAUGGUAACGGCCGACAGUAAGGAUCUCGAAAGUUUGACUGAGGGAUGGCCAUCGAUUUUCUCAGGAUUUCCGAACCUCCGAAGAUUCACAAUGGAAUUUGACCAUCACGAAGGUCGAAGGGCAAGCCUGGAAUCAUUAGCUCUUGGAGCACGAAAGUGGAGAUUUCCAAUGGCGGGAGGCAUGGAGCUUGUCAAUAAGUCUCCGGCAUCAAUAAGCCCUUGGAGAGGACUCCGUGUCCACGAUUACUUUAUUUGUAUCACAUGCCGUAACCUCAGGCCUCAUCCACAAUCUUCAUGCGUGAGAUGUGGAUGGCGAAUAAAGGGAAAAGGACCACGUAUGUUCACCUACAGAGUGGACUGGGUCGCACGGAAGAAGGGUGUAUAAGACAGCGUCUGAUAUAAUACUGUAAUAUCAACUUCCAUAUCUAAACACAUUAAUACAACACAUCCUUUGUAGAAGAAGC